CCCUCUGGGUACUUAUAGUAUAUGAUAUCACGUGAUGUAAGGAAUACAAAAACCUCCUUUUGACCGUUCGGCGUUUAACAUCACUUGUACUGACCUUACACAUUGCAACGUUGCAACAUUGAGCCACUAGACGAACCCUACUGUACAUUGCAGUAAGAGUUCGCUGAACAUGUCUUACAGAGGCGAUCGAGGCCGGGGUGGCUUUGACAGAGGAAGAGGAGGACGAGGAAGCCCCGUUGACCGGGGACGAGGCUCGUUUGCACCGUCCGGCUUUCGUGGCGGUGGCGGUGACCGUGGUGGGAGGGGUGGCGGCGACCGUGGUGGGUGGGGUGGUGGCGACCGUGGUGGCGACCGUGGUGGUCGAGGGUUCGACAGAGGGGGCCGGGGAAGGGGCUUUGGUGCUCCUAGAGCACAAGGCGGGUCAGUGCCACGUUGGAACGGUGUCAUUCUGCUUACUAAAACUCUUUCAUGCAGAGUAUUUCUAGAGAACCAACCGGCUACCGUCGACGCUCGAGUUGCUGACGACUCCGACAAGGCGCUCGUUGCUCGUUUACGGGGCACCCAGCCCGGGAAUGACCCUGACAGCAUGCCCUUGCGCCCGGGCUUUGGUACCGUUGGGGAGCAUAUCAAACUCCGCACCAAUUUCUUUCCUGUGCGCGUUCCCAAGGGACCGGUCUACGAAUAUGAUGUCGCAAUUACUCCUACAGCUGGAACAGCUAUUCGUCGCGUCAAGCGUCGCAUAUUCCAGCUUGCAGAGGAGACUACUGCGUGGCAACAAGCUGGGAUGCGUGGCACCGUCGCGCACGACAGCAGUGCGAAGCUCAUAUCGGCUCGGGUCCUAGCACAGCCUCUUACAAUCAAAGUACCAUAUUACGACGACGAGGAAAGUGGGCCCCCGGCGCAGGGUGGUAAAGAGUACACCCUCGCAAUUAAAUUUAUCCAGGAAAUCAACACUCAGGAUCUCAUGAGUUACCUAAAUGGGGAUGGCCAGUAUCGGAACUACAACACUCUCCCCGUGAUUUCCGCGUUGAACCUCAUUCUUGCUGCGCAUCCAUUACGCAGCGGUAUCAAAGUCGGUCAAGACCGCUACUUCUUCCGUUCUGCUGCUACUCCAUCGAAUCUUGGCGGCGGGUUAGAAGCGUGGAAGGGCUUCUAUUCCUCCGUGCGCCCCGCUCAUCGUCAGUUGAUGGUGAACGUCAAUGUCUGCACCACAGCGUUCUAUACCCCUGGAAAUCUUGCGGUGCAGAUGAUGGCCUUCAACAACUCCAGUUUCGGCGCACGAAUGGAAGUGUUCUGUAGAGGCGUCAGGGUCAAAGCUACUCAUCUUGGCUAUCGAAAGACUGUCAAGAGUCUUGCCCGCCAGAACGCACGCCAAUACGCCUUCCCGUGCGACGAACUUGGAGGACGAGUCACGGUGGAGCAGUACUUCCUUCGGAAAUAUCAGAUUCGCCUGAAGCACCCUGACCUCCCUCUUGUCGAUGUCGGGGGGCAGAAGAAGAAUUACCUUCCAGCCGAAGUCUGCGACAUUCUUCCUGACCAGCCUUUCCGUGGCAAGCUUACGGACGAGCAUACUGCAUCCAUGAUAACAGUCGCGUGCCAACCACCCAAUGUCAAUGGCAACGCUAUUGUGAACAACGGUCUCAACGAGCUCGGGUUUGUAAACCCAGGUCCCACACUGACCGCGUUUGGCGUCUCCAUCGGGCCGAACAUGGCAGUUGUUCCCGGCCGGAUCCUCCCGAGACCUGGUCUGAAGUACGCCAACAACGUGUCGCCCGCAGUCGAUGACCGAGCUUCAUGGAAUCUGCGGAACAUUCGCUUUGCUGUGGGCGCGCGCCUGGAGAAGUGGGCGGUCCUGCUUAUUGGGGAUCGCAAUAAUCGAGAAGAGUUUGCGGGGCCUCAAGACCCUGCACUCCGUCCCGUUAUCACUGGGUUUAUGGCCAUGUGCAAGACCAGUGGGAUCCUUGUACCAAAUGAUCAGCCUCAGGUUGUAGCUGCAAACCUCCCACCGGCGGAUAAAAGUGAUCCACUUAGAAAGAGCGCCAUCGCAACUAUACGUCAGACACUGAUCCAGCUCUCCCCAAAGCCUUCCUUGGUGCUCGUGAUGCUAUCAAAUGGCGACAAGAACAUUUAUGAGGGAUUGAAGCACCUGUGCGACGUCUACCUCGACGUCGCUACUGUGUGUGUACACGUAGGCAAGAUUAGGAAGGAAAAGGGACAGCCGCAGUAUUUCGCAAACGUGGCCUUGAAAGUGAACAUGAAGAUGGGUGGCGUUAAUCACAAACUCGAUGAAAACACGGGUCGGUGGCUCUCCAGCGUGCCAACGAUGGUAGUCGGAAUGGAUGUGACCCACCCUGCCUCAAUUGCUGCAGUAGUUGCAAGUGUGGACGAUCACUUCGCUCAAUACCCUGCAAGUCUCGAAAUCCAGGAAUCCCGGAAAGAGGACAUGAUGGUCGCGAGGCUUCAACUUUUCCAGCAACGUAGUAAAAGAUUACCUGAACGCGUACUUGUUUAUCGUGACGGGGUCUCCGAGGGGCAAUUCAAUAUCGUUCGGUUGGAAGAGCUUCCAGAGAUCCUGAAAGCCUUCCAUACCUUCGACAAGCCAAAGAAGCCUUAUCGGCCUCCGUUGACUAUUGUCAUCUGUGGCAAGAGGCACCACACCAGGUUCUAUCCCACCGAAAGGAAGGAUGCUGCGAAUGAUGGCAAUCCAAAGCCUGGAACGGUAGUUGAUCGUGGCGUCACCGCGGUAUAUGACUUCGAUUUCUUCCUCCAAGCCCACGGCGGUUUGCAGGGUACGACGAAACCGACCCACUACUACGUCGUUCACGAUGAAAUUGGCUUCGGAGCAGACGGUCUUCAGGGCCUUACGAAUGCCCUGAGCUACAUGUUCGCGCGCGCCACCAAAGCUGUGAGCCUCGUAUCUCCUGCAUAUUAUGCUGAUGUGGCGUGCGAGCGUGGGCGAUGCUACUUGAGGAAACUCCUCCAAGGCCAAAUUGGGGAUGGCACAACGGCCAGCGCUAGCGCCAGCACCAACGAAGCAGACGUCAUGCGAGAAGCACAGGCACUCUGGCGUGGCGGCGUCUCCAAGAAAUUGAAGGACACCAUGUUUUACUUGUGAUCGUGCGCAUAUACUUCUCUCUUGAUUACUGAUCACCAUGGGCUCGUUUCGCUCCUGUAUCAAUAGUUAUGUAUCACUCUAGAGUCCGUCUUCUCGUGCUACUGAAUUGCUUAGUUUCUUGGAUCCACAUCUCUCGAUCGCUAUAUAUGUUUGUCGUGGCUCCUGUUUGGAUAUCAUAUAUCUACACUUGAUGGCUCUGCUGUAGUACUACUACUAAAGCAAUGACUCGAACUUUGUCUCGAAGCCAUGUGACAUUCCUUUGAUGUCCAAGCACCGCCGAUGUUAGGUAAUUGCAACAAUAUGCGUA